CGCUACAGAUGGUGUAUAGUAGUUACCUAUAAAACGAAAAAUGAAAUACAUUAUAUUCUAGACGGUCAAAAAUUAUUCCACAGUCUUGAUUACAAAAGAAAAAACAUGCACAUUGCUUCUGUUGUCUCAAUUGUUAUAAUUUUGAGCUAUGGAUCUGAAGCUCAUAUGGAUGACUUAAACGAGGAGACAGAUUUGCAGCAAGAUUCUGCUCAACAAAAUGUCAAUAAAGAAUGUGUCUCUUGUCAAAAGCCAGCGGAUUGUGCUGAACUUAUUGAAAACGGCUACGAGGAAAAUGGAGUAUAUGAAAUUUAUCCUAAAAACAGGAACUUACAAUGUUCUUCUAUUGAAGUCUACUGCGAUAUGAAAACAGAUGGCGGAGGAUGGACGGUGAUUCAAAGAAGAGGGGACUUUAAGAGACCAAGGGAUUAUUUUUAUAAAACUUGGGCUGAAUAUAAGGUUGGAUUUGGUGGAUUAAAGAAAGACUUUUGGCUUGGGAAUGACAAUAUUCAUGCCUUGACUUCUCAAAAAAAGUAUACAGUCCGUUUUGAUCUUGGAGCACAUAAUGAGACCGCUUAUGCUGUUUAUGAUAACUUUUGGAUUGAUGAUGAACAUUACAAUUAUACCCUGCACAUAAAUGGUUACAGUGGAACAGCAGGUGAUGCUAUGGAAUAUAUUCAAAACAUGCCUUUUUCAACUAAAGAUCGAAAAAAUAGUCCUGGCUCUACCGACUGCUCUCAGUUGAGGAAAGGAGGAUGGUGGUAUAAUGACUGUGCUAAGGCCAAUUUAAAUGGCUUGUAUAUUGCGGAUGUAGUGUAUGAUAGCAUAACAUGGCUUUAUUGGAAAGAUACAACAACUUUGUCUAGUGUUGAAAUUAAAAUUCGACCUCAUGGUUUUUAAAUAAAAUUUUCAAAAUUGGA